AUGAAACUUCUUGCAUGGCUCCUUCACUGGGCAGUGGUAACAACGGGAAAUUGUUGCUGUAAACCGGCCCCAGAGGAAGGUUACCUCUUGCAAGUUGUCAUUGGAACAACAGUGAUCCCAUCAUGUGGACCAAAUGACGUGGACAACUGUACCACAGCAUUAAUUCAGACGGAGCAUAGUCCACGGGUGGCUCAAGUGGCAAUAACGCAAUGCAAGCCUGAAAUGAAAGACUUCUGUUUUCAUGGACAGUGCAUGUACCUUGUGGACUUGGAUGAACACUAUUGCAGAUGUGAUGUGGGCUACUCUGGGGUCCGCUGUGUGCAUUCGGAGCUAGUCACACAGCCUUUGAGCAAAGAAUAUGUGGCACUGACAGUUACUGUAAUCCUGUUUUUACUCAUUGCUAUCUCAGUUGCAAGUUACUACUUCUACAGAUGGUACCAAAACAAGCAGAGACAAAUCAACCUUGCAUUCUCUAUAGAAGCUGAUGCACAGGAGAAGAAGUCAAAGCUGCUUCACGUAUGAAUGAAGAAACAGAAACACACAGACCAGCUACUUAUUGAUUUGUCUCUAUUUAAUAUGAAAAAUGUUAUUUUUAUUAAUAAUAUUUAUAUGCUGAACAAACCAGUUUCAAAUGUCUAUUAAUUUUAAUUGAUAAUACAGGUCAAAAUGGAUUUUUGUAUAAAUGUUUUUAUUUUUUUUUUUAAUUUUAUUGAAUACUUGAUACUAUGGAAAAAUAGAUCCUACACUUGUGCAUCUGUGGGAUUAUAUAUAUAUAUAUAUAGAGAGAGAGAGAGAGAGAGAGAGAGAGAUAACUAUAUUUUUGUAAGAAGCUUUUAAUCUUGUUGCCGGUACUUUGUCUUAAAAUGCAUGUUUAUUCAUUUUCUUCACAUGAACAAAUAAAGUUGUGUUACUUUUUACAAA